ACCACAGCAUUUUGUUUUCGCGGUAUUUUCCAGCCCACAAAUUGCAGAAAUGUCGCUUAAAAAGGCCCUCGCCGACUGCAUGAUCGAUUUCGAUCGCUGUGUGCUGGUCACCGACCUCCUGGAGGAGUACAAGCUGUCCUACAAGGAGGUGAACGACACCCUGGAGGCCUACAUCAAAAGCCAGGAGCCGGAGACGAAGUUCGAGAAGAGAUUUCUGGUUCAUGGCAGGCGGAAAUCCGUUUCUGGAGAGGAUCUCUACUCUGUGGUGCUCGAGAGCAAGCUGAAGGAUUGGCUGGCCAAGGUCCAGGAUGCAGAGUCCCAGCUUUACAGUGUCAAGAUCGCAGGAGGCACCAAAUCGCCGGCUGCCAGCUUUAAACCCAUGCGGCAUUUGGAGGUCAAGUUGGCCAAAGUGGAGCAGCGUGCGGGAGCGAUUAAGUCGGUUCCCAUUACAAAUGGAGCACCAGUCACCAAUGGUGUCAAGACUGAAGCCUUCAAGGCGGCGGGCAGCAAAGCAGAAGCCUCCAAGGUGGAUCCACCCAAAUCUUCGGUUAAAAAAGAGACUGUAAAGACGGAUGUGGAUAAGAAACCCUCUCCGGAGUCCAAGAAGACCUCGCCCAAGGAGCAGGCCUCUAAAAACAAGACUGCGCCAGCCAAGAAGGGCAGCAUCAAUAGCUUCUUCACAGCAGCGGCCAGUAAACCCAAGGAUGUGAAGGCCACACCAAGCAAACCGGCGGCAGGAGCAAUGGAUAACUUCUUGAAGAAGCAGCCAGCUGGUGAAAAGAAGUCGCCAACCCAAAAAGAAGAGAAAGCUGCACCUCCACCUAUCAAAAAGGAAGCAGCUACCAAGAAAUCCCCUCCUAAGUCCACCAAAAAGUCACCAGCCAACACCUCCGUUCAACUUUUCGACGAGGAGAGCGCCGAAUCCUCUGACGAGGAGGAGAAGCUGGACAAGCUGCGACGCAAGGUGAUUGGUUCGGACAACGAGUCCGAUCAGGAGAAGCCCUCGACCUCCAAGCGGCGACGCAUCAGCGACUCCGAGGACGAGGAGCAGCCGCCCAAGAAGGCCGCCGAACCAGAAGUAGUCGCAGUCGAUGAGGAAAUGGAGACGGAGCCGGCCAACGAAACGUAUCUGGACGAAGAUGGUUUCGUCAUCACGCAGAGGAAACCGGUGAAAGCCCAACCGGUCAAGAAAAAGGUUUCCCCAAAGUCUUCAGCCCCAGCCAGCAAAAAGAAGUCGCCGCCUUCAGCUGGGAAAGCUGGAAAAGAUGGGCCCAAAACAAAGCAAGCCGGCAUCAUGAGCUUUUUUUCGAAGAAGUAAUCACAAAAGCAUGAAAGAGCUGCACUAAAGAUUAAGCAUUAAGGAAGAGCUAUUUUUGUUUUUAAUAAAUUUAUUUAUGCCACAUAGCAAAUCAUGGA